AUGUAUUCUCUUUAUGUUAACAACCAACACGGCACUUUAGUUUAUCAAAAGCAUUUCAGUGAAGAAAUAAAAUUAAACAGUAAUGAAGAAAUAAGACUUGCAUCCAUGUUACAUGGUAUUUCAACGAUUUCUGAAAAAAUAAAUGUGCAUUCAUCAUUUAAUGAAAAUAAAAAUAAUAUAUUUAAAUCUUUGGAAAAAAAGGGCAUAGAGGCAAUUGAGGGAAAUGGUUUUAAAAUUCAAUGUUUUGAUACUUUAACAGGUAUAAAAAUAUUUAUUGUCCACAAAGAUGACUUAAAUGUUGAGGUGAGCACAUAUUUAAAAAAGGUAUAUGAAUUGUACAGUGACAUAAUACUGAAAAAUCCAUUUUACGAUAUUGAUAUGCCUAUACGUUCUGCAGUUUUUAAUGAGCAUAUUGAGAAGCUUUUUUCAAAUAUAAAUUGA